AUGAUUUUUCGUGGAUCUAAAAGAAACUUGGAUUUUCGACGAGCGUCUCCGGCCACGGCCACCCGACCGUGGAUUUUCCGUGGAUCUGAAGAAAAUGAGAAUUUCACUUGCCCUUCCCAGUCAGAUUUUUGGUGCCACAAUGAGGGGCCUCAGGGCGUCUUCCUUCUAGGCGAUCUGCCGGAAAUCAUGCUUUCCGGUGGCGAGUUAGGGACGAUGUGGAAGAAGAAGGUUGCGAUUGAAAUUGGUUGGGAAUGGCAUUGGUUGAGUUUUGACGAACUUUGGGAUAUUUAUCUUGUAGAUGAUGGGGAUUUCGCUCGCUCGUCGACUGGUGUUGCGGGCUCCUAUGGAUAUAUUGCUCCUGAGUAUGGAUACAUGAUGAAGAUCACAGAAAAGAGUGAUGUCUACAGCUACGGAGUUGUGGUGCUCGAAGUUUUAACCGAUGAUAGACCUACCAUGAAGGACAUAGCUGCAAUGCUUAAGGACAAUAAAAGCUAUCAUCUCAUACAUAAGAUUGGUUGGUUAACUAUUUCAGUACCUGGUAGAAGGCCA